AUUCGCCUAUCGUCUCGCCAGGUCCCCAGCCAUGUUGGAGUACGACAACUCGGCCUUCUACUACUUCUCGGUGUCGCUCUGCGCGCUGUACGCAGUGCCCGUGACGUUCCUGUCGCUGCGCCGCAUCGUGUACGGCGUGUUCCUCAAGGACCGGCUCAUCGACAAGAGCCACGUGCGCUGCGAGCGCGAGCUGCGCAAGCUCAAGCAGCUGCAGGCCGAGAAGACGGCCUUCCGCAAUGUGUUCUCCAUCCCCUUCGUGCUCAACCUGCUCGUGCUGGCCGCCGUCUGGUACGCGCUCGUGCGCAUGACGCUGCUGCUCAAGGACGACUCGGAGAUCAAGUCGUUCGACCCAUUCGCCAUCCUCGGCAUCGCCGCGGGCGCCACGGAGCGCGAGAUCAAGCGCGCGUACCGCAAGAUGAGUCUGCUCUACCACCCGGACAAGAACCAGGGCGACGCCGUGGCCGAGCAGAAGUUUAUGCUCGUGGCCAAGGCCUACGAGGCGCUCACGGACGAGGUCGCCAAGGCCAACUACGAGAAGUUCGGCAACCCGGACGGCCGACAGGCGCUGCAGCUGUCCAUCGGCCUGCCCACGUUCCUGCUGGACCCGGCCAACCACAACAUCGUGCUGUUCCUGUACCUGAUCAUCCUCGUCGUGGCCAUACCGAGCUGCGUGGCGCUCUGGUACUCGCACUCGAAGAAGUACGGCGACAGCAUGAUCAUGUACGACACGUACGGCUUCUACAACUUCGCCAUGUCGCAGCACUCGUACCCGCGCCUGCUGCCCGAGAUCCUGGCCGGCUCGGCCGAGUUCCGCGAGAUCCCGCGCCGCGCCUCGGACGACGCCGAGCUCGGCGGCCUCUUCAAGAAGUUUAAGCAGGCGGACAUGAUGAACAAGCCCAAGUUCAACCACCCGGCCAUCGCCAAGGCCAACCUUCUGCUGCACGCGCACUUCCUGCGUGAGAAGCUGAGCCCGACGCUGCAGGGCGACCUGCACGCCAUGCUCAAGAAGGCCAUCCAGCUCGUGGACGGCAUGCUCGAGAUCUCGGUCAUGAAGUCGUGGCUGCAGACGACGCUCAACCUCAUGGAGAUUCAGCAGUUCCUGACGCAGGGCCUGUGGUUCAAGGACCCGCCGUUCCUGCAGCUGCCCCACCUGACCGAGGCCGAGGUCAAGCACAUUGUCACGGGCAAGAACGCCGUGCGCAGCAUGCACCAGUACAUUUCCAUGAAGCCCGAGGAGCGCAAGGGACUGAGCGGCCUCUCGGAGGAGGACCGCGCCGAGGUGAACAAGGUGCUCGAGAUGAUGCCCCACAUGGAGCUCUCCAUCUCGAUCGGCGUCGAGGACGAGGAGUUCAUCGCCGAGGGCGACAUCAUGACGGUCACCGUCAAGCUCACGCGCCAGAACGUCAAGGAGGGCGACACGUGCGACCUCGUGUACGCCCCGCGCUUCCCGUACCCCAAGAUGGAGCGCUGGUACUGCGUCGUGGGUGACGUCAAGAUGAACCACCUGCACGCGUUCGCCAAGAUGACGUCGCAGGAGCGCGUCAUUGAACAGAAGCUGCAGCUGCAGGCCCCGCCCAAGGCCGGCACGUACCAGCUGGAUAUCUUCGUCAAGAGCGACUCAUACAUCGGCAUGGACCUGCGCGCCGUUGCCAAGUUUAACGUCGCCCCCGCAUCCACACUGCCGGUGUACCAGCCGCACCCGGAGGAUUUGGAGUUAGAUAACGAGCCCACGCUGUUCGAGCAGGUGAUGAACGCUGCGGACUCGAGUGAUAGCGAGGAGGAGGAUGAGGACCUGGAGCCCGAGCAGGCCGAGGAGAGCAAGAAGGACAAAUAG